UAUUUCAUUCAUUAUUUCCUUAUCCAGAAGGCCCAAAGCAGCGAUACCCACCCUUGUGCUGCGGAGUAGGCGGAUAAUAGACAAGGAGUGACAUUGCCAUACGGCCUGGCCUCACUAAAUUACGAUGCCAUCGGAGAAGAGGAACGAGGAGGGCGAGAAGAGCAAGGAGGAGGACGGCAAAGAGACCAAUAGCUCCACCGGCCCACCGCUUGCUUUGAUUGCCGCCGAGGAAAACCUGGUGAGAGAUUCCAUCGAAAAAAUCCAAAAUGGUGCCUUGACGUACGUCUCAGCAGGAGGGACAGCCACGCCGUCGGAGAAAACCAAGAGAGAUGAAAGGGAGACUGGAUCCCUACUCCCUGUUUUGACUGCCGCUGAGGAAGGCCUCAUGAGGGAUUCCAUCCAAAAAUCCAAACAUGGCACCAUGGCGUUUCUGCCUUUGGCUAGGAGCAACGCCGCGCCUCCUCGUGCCUUGGUUGAUGCUGAAGAGAACCUUUUCAUCUCUGCCACUGGCGCGCAGCUCAGUGCUAGACCGCAGCCGCCAGCCCCAGGAGUGACUUCCACCAACCGACACUCAGAAAUCCGAACAGAGCUGGGAACGCCGAUGCCAAUGCCUUCAAUGGUACGUACUGCUGCUAGAGCGCCACCAGCACGGCCAGGUGCCUACCCCGUGCAAUCGACAAUGGCGCCAUUGGCAAUGAACCAAGGCGAUGCUGCCCGUGCCCCUUGGGAUAUCAGCGGCACAAUCUCUUCACGAGACUUGGACGCCUCGACAGAAUUGUUUGAUCGUGUUGGGACACGAGACAGCAACCAAGAUGGUUUAGCCGUAGCCAAUUUGGUUGAUGAGAGCAUGGACUUCAUAAGUGAACUGCCCCGAGCUGUCGAAGAUAAUUCACACGUUUUUGAUUCUGACAGGAGGAAUGCCGCAGCCAACCGUGAUGAAGAAACCAAGCAGUACAAGACCAAUGUCCUUAUGGGAGGCAUCCUAUUGCUUGCCAUUGCCAUGAUCUUGCUUGCAAUUCUGGUUCCCGUCGAUGAAGAAAUCCAAGAGACUCAGGCACCGACUGGUAGCCCAACACAAGGUCCAACGCAAGCCCCAACAACAUUGGUGAUGUACUAUGAAUCAUUGUUGCCAGAGGAGACUGUGCAAACCAUUGAAGAAGACCCACAGUCAUCCCAAGCCCAAGCCUUUGACUGGCUCUUGGAAGACCCAGCUCUUGAAUCCUUGUCGGAAGAAAGAAUCAAACAACGCUUUGUCUUGGCCACGCUGUACUUUGCCACAAGUGGGGACAACUGGAAAGCCAAUGACAACUGGCUCAACCAUAGUGUUCACGAGUGUGAAUGGUACAACAAGCCAGACUUUGCAUUGACUAAGGCAUUGUCAAACAUCUAUCCAAGUCGUCUCAAAGACUUCUUCCCCCCCACUGAUCCAUCGCCAUCAGUCUGUGACAGGGACUAUCAUUAUCAACAUUUGUGGUUGGACCAGAAUUCGCUAGACGGCACCCUGCCACCUGAACUCUAUACAUUGACUUCGUUGAAGACACUGUCUGUUGGCUUCAACAACCUGCUUGGAACAAUUCCAACACAUAUUGCACAGCUCAGCUUGCUAGAGGGGGCAAAUUUUGAGAAUCUGCGGAGGUUUUCUGGAACCGUUCCCUCUGAAUUUGGACUCAUGACCAAAUUGAGAUAUCUUUCAGUGAUGAACAACCAACAGGAGGGUGUACUGCCUUCUGAAAUAUGGCAGCUUUCGAAUUUGGUCACAAUGAAUUUGUUUCGCAACCCACUGCUGAAGGGGAGUAUUCCAACAGAGAUUGGAAUGAUUUCCAAUUUGAGAUUUUUUGCCGCUGCUGUCACUUCGUUUACAGGCACCCUCCCCUCAGAGAUAUUCACACUUCCUCUUGAAAACCUAGCUCUUUUUGGAAAUAAAUUACGUGGGACUCUGCCUACCGAAAUAGGCCAGCUUACAACCCUCCGGGUUAGUGGUUUUGCGGAUACUUCACUUGAAGGAUCAAUCCCAUCAGAGUUUGGAAGACUUUCCAGGCUCAUUGGGGUAACUUUUAGAGCGGCCAAAUUUUCGGGCACCAUUCCGACCGAGAUGGGCCUUCUGGAAGCAAUGGAAGUGAACAUAGGCUUUCGUGAGAAUCAAUUUACCGGAACCAUCCCUUCAGAGCUUGGGCUUCUGUCUGGUACCUUGAAGCUUGAAUUUGCCAACAACAGGCUCACAGGCCAGAUUCCCAGUGAAUUUGGGAAUCUCGAGACCGUGGGUGACUUGACUUUUGCCAACAACUCCCUCUCUGGAACUGUUCCUCAAGAGCUGUCCCGUCUUCAGCACCACCUUCACACUUUGACCCUUGAAGGCAAUCCACUUCUGACAGGUACCAUCCCGCAUGGAGUUUGCAACAUGAAUGGCACCUGCAUUGGACAUGUUAUUGGUCAAUGCGACAGUGUUUACCAAGGUCCUUUUGGACUAUUUUUUGAUUGCACCGAAACGCUCUGUGGAUGUGAUUGUCCUUGUUUGGAUGGCUAAUUGCAUCCUCACAGGCUAACUCCCUCUGCAGGGAUGAGCACAAUUGGAGGACCCGCAGGCAUCCCGUGCAAAAGAAACUACGUGUACUGGCUGGCUAGAUGCACCAAUCAAUUUCGACCAAUCGCCAUUCCACUGCAUACCUUUACAUAUUAUUGAUUAAAAUUCAGACUACUUAGCUGUACCUGAAAGUCUGAGCUUUGACAGCAUGUUUUCCUCCUCUUUCCGGGCGCACUGUCAAUGGUCAACUCAAAUGAAAUGGAAUUCUUAAAAUUUCUUCCCGCCUGGUGGCCUCACCGGAAGGCGCCGAAGUGAAUAAAUCGUGUAAAGAUGUGAUCGUUUUAAUUUUUAAGAAGGUUGGCACAUGUUCACAAACCGACUCUUUCAGUUUGGUUGCCGUUAUGUUGUCAAUGAAGGCUAGCUCGCUAGCUAGCAAGAUCCUGUUUGUAGCACACGGUGUUUGUCCAAUACAACGGCAAAUUGGUUGCGGUACUUUUUGCCACGUUGUACCUUUCUUAGCUGCGUCCAUUGUUCGUCAAACGAUGAAGGGUCCCUUGGCUCUGCAGUGGUAUCAGGGCGCUUGCACAGAAAGAAUGCGACUUUGGGGCUUUCCUUUGUCUCUUUCACCACAAGGCCCACCCCCGAUUCCCCCAAUAAGCUCAAAAAUUGUUCUCGUGUCACGUAGGGUGACUGACUCAAGCAGAGCCUGGGAAUGGUCAAGAAUAGUAUGCCACCAGGCCGUAACAAAUGAUGAAUUCUGGUGAGCAUUUCUCCACGGUCCUCGGGAGUAGUCACACAAUUCAAGACCAUGGAACAGACAAUCACGUCGCAGGAUUUUCCUGUGUGUGUGUUCAAGGGUAGCUUCAAAAAGUCGGCUUCUUCAAUCCGGCCGGGAUGCAUGGAGUGUAGAUCAAUGGCCCGUACAUUCAAUCGAUACUUCUUUGUUGUCUUGUCAUCCAUGGUUCGUUCUGCAGCGUCAAGCAAUUCCGUAUUGAUGGCCCCAAUUUCGAGCAACUUCGUGUCUCUUCGACGUUUUCGCUUUUUCUUGGUCUGUGGAUUAUCGUCACCCUCGUCCAUUCGAAUGCCGUACAGCCAUCCAUUCCUCUGAAGAUAUCCCAGCACCCAUUUACUGGUGGAGUGAAAGGUUGUGCUCAGCUGGCUGGCUUUUUGAUAUUCUUCUCGGCCUCCAAUGUCCUCCAGCUUUUCGUCCCAUUCUUUCGUGGGAUCUCCCUUUUGAAGCGCCAAAUCGCGUUCUCGAGUGUACUUGUGGAACAGAGUGGUGACUUGACGAGCCCUCUUUCUUGACUUCAUCGUGGAGGCAUGAGGAGGUGGCGCCAAUGGCACGGUCUUCCUCUUGUUCUUGGGCGCCAUGGUCGACUGUGAGUAAACAGAAAACAACCACAAGCUAGGAACGAAUGAGCUCGAAGGAUGAGUGGCGGCAGUUGAACCGAAGAA